UGUCACAAGUCAGUUGUUUCCUGUCGGCUUGUUUAUGUGAACGUACCAGUCUCGCCCAUUCACAAAUAUAACGAACGAGAUUCAGGUCAGAUCAUGGAGUUUGCAGAGCUGAUUAAGACCCCCAGGGUGGACGGGGUGGUCUUACAUCGGCCUUUUAUGCCCACUGUGGAGGGAACUCUGUGUUUGACUGGCCAUCACCUGAUUCUCUCCUCCAGACAGGACAACACAGAAGAGCUGUGGCUGCUUCACUCAAACAUUGACUGCAUAGAGAAAAGAUUUGUAGGGUCUCUGGGAACCAUCAUAGUCAAAUGCAAAGACCUGAGGGUGAUCCAGCUCGACAUCCCUGGCAUGGAGGAGUGUCUCAACAUUGCCAACUCUAUUGAGGCUCUGUCCACGCUUGAUAUACUCUCCCUGAUGUACCCUUUCUUCUACCGGCCCAUGUUUGAAGUCAUAGAAGACGGCUGGAAGUCAUUUCUUCCCCUGGAUGCCUUUAAAGAUUUGGAGACGAUGACAGAUGAGUGGAGACUGAGUGAAGUCAACAAGGACUUCAUUGUGUGUCCAUCGUACCCUCCUCUGGUGGCAGUGCCCAAAGAUAUUGAUGACGACACGCUGAGGAAAGUAGCUAGCUUCCGUCACGGUGGCCGUUUCCCAGUACUGAGCUACUACCACAAAAAGAAUGGCAUGGUGAUGAUGCGUUCAGGGCAGCCUCUGACAGGCACCAACGGGCGGAGGUGUAAGGAAGACGAGAAGCUGAUCAAUGCCACCCUGCGGCCGGGCAAACGUGGCUACAUCAUUGAUACGCGCACAAUUAACGUGGCCCAGCAGGCCAAAGCUCGAGGUGGAGGGAUUGAGUCCGAGGCGAACUACCCCCAGUGGAGGAGGAUUCACAAGGCGGUCGAAAGAUCUAACGUUCUCCAAGAGAGCCUGAUAAAGCUGGUGGAGGCGUGUAACGACCAGUCGCACAGUAUGGACCGCUGGCUGAGCAAACUAGAGGCUUCCAACUGGCAGACCCACGUGAAGGAGAUCCUCACCACCGCCUGCCUGGCUGCUCAGUGCAUCGAUAGGGGGGCGUCAGUGCUGGUUCACGGCACAGAGGGGGCCGACUCCACCCUGCAGGUCACCUCUUUGGCUCAGAUCAUCCUGGAUCCAGCCUGCAGGACCAUCAGAGGCUUCCAGAGCCUAGUGGAGCGAGAGUGGCUCCAGGCGGGUCACCCGUUCCAGCAGCGCUGCGCUCAGUCGGCCUACUCCAACAGCAAGCCACGCCAGGAGGCUCCGGUGUUCCUGCUCUUCCUGGACUGCGUGUGGCAGAUCCUGCGCCAGUUUCCGUGCUCAUUCGAAUUCAGCGAGAGCUUCCUGGUGCUGGUGUUCGAACACUCUUAUGCCUCUCAGUUUGGCACCUUCCUGGGCAACAGCACGGCUGAGAGAGCCAAACUGUCUCUGCCUGAGAAGACCGUGUCCCUCUGGUCCUGGGUGAACCGGCCCCAGGAGCUGGAGCGUCUGACCAACCCGCUCUACGAGGCCAACAGCCUGGUCAUCUGGCCCUCUGUGGCCCCCCAGAGCCUGCUGCUGUGGGAAGGAGUGUUUCUUCGUUGGAACCGCUCCUCCAAGUGUUUGGACGAGGCCUAUGAGGAGAUGGUUCAUAUCAUUGAAUACAACAAGGAGCUCCAGAACAAAGUGAACAGCUUGCGCAGGCAGCUGGCCCAGCUGGAGACGGAGGACCCUCUGCUGCAGACGCCUUAGAGAGGAGGAGAGAGGGAGGGAGGGAGGGAGGGGAGAGGAGCGAGAAGGGAGAACGAGGUAGAAAAUGUGAAAAUAUAACUAAACAGAUAACAGGCCAUUAUUUUCACAUGUUUGAGAGUAUACAAGUCAAACCAUUAUAUCUAGGAGAAUGUGUGCAUGAUUGAUGAUGGCACAUUUUGGUUUCCUAACAGAUGAAAAAUGUAAAGGAAUGGCCUUAAACACAAAUUAAGAUUUUCCACUCGUGCAAUAAUCUUAUGUCACCCAGUUUACAUAACGGAAUAGACUGAAAUAGUGCCCUAAAGCAUUACAUUCAUAAAGCGUCAAUUUAACGCUAAUUUAACCAUGUAUUGUCAUUUAAGUUAAGCCGGAGUGAGACACAGAAACAAAAAUCACAUAAUCUCAGAGUCCCCUUAAAUAAAUUGAAACAAUUAGUCUAUAAACCAAUCAGUCAAUCAUCCAAAAAAUAAUUGAAAGCUGUUAAGUUAUAAAAAAAUAAACAUUUCAGUAAUAUUUGAAGACAAUACGGCAAACAUUUCCUGGUUACACUUUCUAAAAUGUCCGAAUUCGCUGCUUUUCCAUGUCAUGAAUCACUGUAAAUGUAUUAUCCGUCGGUCAGGCAAUUAGAAGUCAUCUUGAGGUCUUGGACAUUUGUAAAGGCAUAUUUGUUUCCCUUUUUGGCAUCUCAUUACCUAAAUGAUUUAAAAACAUAGUAAGAUUAAUGACAAUGAAACUACCUUCACUGAAGAAUUAGUGCACAGCUGUGUGUGCAGAAAAUAACUGAUCAUUCCGAGGAAUUUCUGGGCAUUGUUGUUGUUCAUUAAUUUACUACAGGGUACUCGUUUUCACCAAACAUCCUGCUGAAUGUAUAUUCCACUAAAGCACUGCAGAGUAACUAUGGCAACAUAUAGGGUGCUAUAAGACGGCAUGUGACUGCUGCACGAUGAGAUGAUAUAAUAAGCGUAGGAAGGGUCAGCGCCUACUCUACUGUAUGUUAAUAAGGAUCUGACCAAAAUAUCUUGUGUAGUUAUAUGGUCAUUACGUGACAUUCCAGUGAGGAGCACAGCUGGAGGCAUUGAGAAAGACUUAUUUAACACAAGCUUAUACACAUUUAGCAUUUUUUCAAACUGUGUAAUAUUAGUCAAAUGUGUUUGACAUUGAUGCAGAAAUGAAAGGUCUUGUUGCCACAGUGAUGCUGGCCAUGUUGGUCAAAUGAAUAUAAGCAAGACUUAACAGAGCUGAUGGAGGUUUAAAAUAUUAUUUUAAUUUCAUAUAUCACUUUAAAGACCAAUCUACAUUUUGGUUAUUGAAGUUAUGUUGUAAUUGUUGCUUUCAAGUACAUUCUCAAACUAAAAGCGUAUCAGCUGUUUUUAGUUCAUAACUAAUGUCAUUUGUGUUAAAGGCCUCAUCAAUAAUUAGGAAAAUAUAAUAUAUUUCUUGUAAUGAGCAUACUUUUUGUUGUCAGCUUGUCAGUACCAGUUGAACACAUUAGAAAGUAUAUGUAUUUUUAUUAUAAUACAUUACAAAAAAACAUGCCAAUAUAUCUAAAUGAUGUCAAACUGUAGCAGAUAUCAAGGCUUUAUCCAAGUGAUCAUUUUCUCAACAAAUAAUUUGUGUCUGCAAAGUUACAUUACAGCUCGUCUUUCAAUGCUGCCCAUGGGUGAAGGUAGCCUCCUUAGCAUUAGACUAAGAAGAAAGCUUUUUGCUGCACUUUAAAUACAAAAAAUGGCUGUUCUUAGGUUACAAAUCCACAGUGGUUGGCCAACUGUGUUUGUUUUGCCAGUAAGAUAUAUAUUUUUCUCUGCUGGUGGUCAUCUCAUCUUCAUACUUUUCAUCUAUUUUGCUUUAAGAAUGAUUUUAUAUUCACACUAAACACAACCGAUUCCAGCCACUACAUUAAGCUGCUUUGUAAAGGGAACGUUGUUUAAAGCUGCAUGUUUUCCUUCUGCCAGAAACAGAGAACACCUUCCAUUGCUUUGGUGUGUAUGAGUGGAACCAUUAAGUCAAGCUAAUGGUUAGAUUUACACGUUUACACAUUUCCUAUGCUUGCCAAUGUGAAUAAUGUUAUUGUUUAUUGAUUGUAGCUUUGCAACUAAACUCUACUGUGUUUGUGCAAUGCCUUACUGCUAAAUCAGAACAAAAAAUAAGUAAUUGUAUUACUGCUGAUCAGUUGUUUGUAAAACUAUAUUAUUGUUUAAAAGAUUAAAUGUUUUUUUCAAGUUUUCAAGCCAUUAAACAUUAUAGCUCAACAA